AUGCCCCCCUCCUUCCCGGAGUACGUCACCACUGCCAUAACCGGUAAAAUACCCGACCCACCCGGUGUCAAACUGCAGAAACAAGGAUUAAAGGCCAAACAUCCCGUCGUUUUCGUACCCGGCAUUGUCACCGGUGGCCUUGAGCUCUGGGAAGGCCACCCCUGCAUGGAUGGCUUGUUCAGGAAGAAGCUUUGGGGUGGCACCUUUGGUGACCUCUAUAAAAGGCCAUUGUGUUGGGUGGAGCACAUGUCACUGGAUAACGAAACCGGGCUUGACCCACCUGGUAUACGAAUCAGACCCGUUUCUGGACUAGUGGCAGCUGAUUACUUUGCUGCAGGCUAUUUUGUAUGGGCAGUUUUAAUAGCGAAUUUGGCUAGCAUUGGAUAUGAGGAAAAAAACAUGUAUAUGGCAGCUUAUGAUUGGAGGCUUUCCUUUCAAAAUACUGAGAUACGAGAUCAAACUCUAAGCCGGAUGAAAAGCAAUAUAGAACUCAUGGUAGCCACAAGUGGUGAGAAGGUGGUUGUGAUUCCACAUUCUAUGGGCACUCUUUAUUUUAUGCAUUUUAUGAAAUGGGCUGAAGCACCACAACCACUAGGUGGCGGUGGUGGCCCAAAUUGGUGUGCUAAGCACAUAAAGGCGGUGAUGAAUAUAGGUGGCCCAUUAUUGGGCCUCCCGAAAAUAGUCGCAGGCCUUUUUUCCGCGGAAGCCAAGGAUAUCGCUGUCGCCAGGGCGGCUGCACCCGGUGUUUUGGAUAAGGAUAUAUUCGGUUUCCAAACAUUGCAACAUGCAAUGAAGAUGACCCGUACAUGGGAUUCAACGAUGUCAUUGAUACCAAAAGGCGGGGACACUAUAUGGGGUACACUUGAUUGGGCUCCCGAAGCUGGCCAUGACUGCGUUGCGUCGAAAGUCAACAAUAACGAAAGUCAAACAUCAGGUCAAAACAUGAAGCAGAGUUCAAACUCAAUUAAUUACGGGAGAAUAAUAUCUUUUGGGAAGGAUGUUGCCUCACUACCUUCAUCAAAGAUCAACAGUGUGGACUUUAGGGGUUCUGUUAAAGGUUAUAACUGCGCAAACUCAUCGUGCCGGGAUGUGUGGAAUGAAUACCACGAUAUGGGAAUUGAGGGUGUGAAGGCUGUUGAAGAUUACAAAGUUUUUUCAGCUGAUUCGGUUUUGGACCUUUUGGAAUUUGUAGCUCCAAGAAUGAUGAAACGUGGUGGUGCUCAUUAUUCUUAUGGAAUCGCUGACAAUUUGGAUGAUAAAAAAUACCAACAUUAUCGAUAUUGGUCAAAUCCCUUGGAAACCAGGUUACCCAAGGCCCCUGAAAUGGAGAUGUUUGCAAUGUAUGGAGUUGGAUUAGACACGGAAAGAGCGUAUAUUUACAAAAGUAGUCCAGCUGGCGAGUGUCAUAUUCCAUUCCAGAUUGAUACAUCAGCGGACGGUGGAAAUGAGCAGAGCUGUUUAAGAAGUGGCGUAUACUCCGUUGACGGGGAUGAAACGGUCCCCACCUUGAGUGCGGGUUUCAUGUGUGCAAAAGGUUGGCGGGGGAAAACCCGAUUCAAUCCAUGGGGCAUUCAAACGUAUAUACGAGAGUACAAUCAUGCACCACCAGCAACUCUACUGGAAGGACGAGGUACCCAAAGUGGGGCCCAUGUGGAUAUAAUGGGAAAUUUUGCUUUAAUAGAAGAUAUUAUACGCGUAGCAGCUGGCUCAAAUGGAAAAGAGCUUGGAGGUGAUCGGGUUUAUUCUGAUAUUUUUAAGUGGUCUGAAAGGAUCAACCUACAACUGUAGCCUACAAUCAGAAGAAUUCGUGACGACGAAUGGAAAUCUUAUUGUAAUGAAAAUCAAAUCGCCUUCAUUAAGGAAAAGAGUGAAGCCCAAGUAAUGAGGUUGCUUUA